CGAACAUUCCGCCGCGCGCUCGCAUUCGAAUCAAUACGCUCGCGAUCGUCCGCCGUUCGAGUUCGCGUUUGACGCACUGCAUAAUUAUUUGCGUCCGCGUCUGUACAAUAUAAAUUUAAUAUAAAUAUUAUUUCGUAUAAUAUUCCGCGAUCGAAUUACACUAUUUAUUUUAUUAUUCCGUCUCGAUUUUUUCCACGCUGCUCAGAUCCCGCAGACCCACGUCGGCGUUUCACCCCAAGCCGCGCGCCGCACGAACUCACUGGCAACGCACUAGGAUUUUCGUGAGUAUUUUUUCUAAGUUUUUAUUGUUACGGAAUCAUCGCGUACAUAAUACCUGCGUGGCUUGAUGCGAGAAGGGCCAAUGUCGAAAAAUAAAAAAAAAACAACCACUUAUAACAAUAAUUACGGCCUUUACGUUAGAUUAUCGGAAGUUUUAGAAAUUAAUUUUAUUUUUUUGCAACUUUCAAUUUGGAUUUUUUAUUUUAUUAAAAAAAAAAAAAUAAUAAUAAUAAUGUAUUUGUCAUUUUUGUACCAAGCGUCCAAGCCGCAAAUAUAAUACGUAUAACUUUAUACGCUGUAAAAGUUGACAAGUUCAAGUCAAUAAUCCGACCGGUUUAUUAUUUUUACGACGUAGUUGUUAUAAAUUAUUUAGAAAAUACAUUUAUAUACGCCCCGCAGUAAAACAAUAAUCAAGUUCAAGUGAAUUUUGGUUUUCCCAUUUUAUUGUCGCGUAUUAUCAUAAAACCCAGACUUCCAAAUUAUAAAUUAUAAUGUUCUUGUAGACCAGAGUAAUAUACGUUUUUAUUUUAGAUCGUUUUAUUCUCUAAGUAAUACACAAAAAAGUGUAAAAAAUUGAUGAUCGCCGUCCAAUAGAAUAUUUGUAUUAAAAAGUCGUUUUGUAGUAAACGAAAGGUCGAUUAAUUUGUUCUUUUGUUAUAUAAAUCAAAUAUUAAAACGAGUACCUAUUUCUUAAUAAUCGGAUAAAUAGACUGUACAUAACCCGAACUUAAAUUAAAAAGAUACCAUGAAAUAUUUCUGUUGAGUGAUUUCAGAUUGAAAUAUAGUUUCCAUGAGGAGCUAGGGAAUACUGAAAUACCGAUUUUUUGAACAUUUUAAAAUAUUUAGACUUUUAAUUGUGCGCAUGCGCAAUACAAAUUGCAUAAUUUAAUAUGGUGACAUGUAUUUUAAACACCAGAUUUGGAUAAAAUAAUUUAUUAAGAAAAUUUUAAACAAGUUGACAGAAUUAAUUGAGUAAGGCACCGAUCACUGCAGUUAUGUAUGGUUGAUUAUGGGCUAAAUUUUGAACAAUUUAUAAGAUAAGUAUUGGUGUUAAAUAUUUAAUAAACAAUUGAAAUUACAGACAUUUUGUCAAUUUGUUGAAAGCUUUCUUAAUAAACUAAUUGAUUUAAAUUGAAAGUUUAACUCGUUGUCAUUCAGUCAAUUUUCUUUUUAGUCAUAGUUAAAAGAUCAAAAUGAAUUAAAAAAAAUUUUAGUCUAUUCAAAUGUGGAGUUUAAAAUACAUUUAAAAUACAUGUUACACUGCGCAUACGCACAAUAUAAAGUUUAAAAAUUUGAAAAUUAUCAAAAAAUGUGUAUUUCAGUAUUCCUUAGCGUCUCCUGGAAAUCCUAUUUCAAUCCGAAGUCACUGGAUAGAAAUAUUUUGUGUUACCUUUAAAAGGAAAUAAAGGAAUUAAAGAAAUUAAAUAUACUAGUUUAAUGAGCGAAUGAUGGAAACCUCGUUCGAUUUUGAUUCCGUCUCAGUGUUUAACCUAAGCAAUUUAUUCAUCAAUACCUUGAAUACCGAGAAUAUAGGUUCAGUAUAGGUUUUAUUAAAAUAAUACAAAAUAAACAUUUGUGCUUUUAAAUCACUGAUCACUAAAAUAAAUCUCAGUGUUAAAUAUUAUUGAUUCUAUAUUUACACGUAUAAACUAUAUCAUGAUAUUCUUUUUUCACUAUUACAAUACUUAUUAUAAUUUCGAUUAUGUAGCUAAAAGACAAACGACAUAUUAUAUUAUUCUAAAUACCAAAAAUUGUGUCGAAACUACCGUAAUAACAAUAUAGUCAAUGGCGUAUCCAGAGGUUAGGUGACUAAAAGGAGCCAAGGUAGCUUUAACCCCUACUUUAUUAGCUACACAAAAAAAAAAAAAUCUAACAAAAUAAUAGUCAUUGCAUAAUGCACAUUAACACUACUUAUUCGACCAAGUACAACUAAUUUUACAAUAAUAUAAUUGUGUAUUUUACAAAAUAAUCCCAAGAAAAAAAGUUUUUUUUUGUACAAUAAAUAUAGAUAUAUUUUUCUCAUAAUACAUAUAUAAUAGUAUACAUUUAAUUUAAUAUGAUAACCCCCUCUCAUCGAAAAAUCUUGGGUACGCCACUGAAUAUAGUGACUUAUUAAACUAAUAGGAACCGAUUUUAAGUAUGGGCAGUUAAGAAUAAGCAUUAAUUUGCAGUAAUCACUGUUAAACUAGCAAUUUAUCAAAUCGCUUAGUAAUAAACAUGAAACAUUUAAAAAAGAAAUAUAUAUAUUUUUUUUAAUAUCAAGUUUAGUGCCCAUAGUUAAAGAAACUAUUUUUUAAUUCAUUUUAGGUCAUCAGGUAUUACUUGGCAACGUUCUUGUUAUAUAUAUGACAUUAAAACACAGAGGGAUCCUAAAUAUGUAUAUAUUAGAAUAAAACAAUAAUACCGAAAUAGUACUGUUACAAUAUUAUUGCAUGUAUACCUAACAUUAAAUACAUUUCUCGCUUUACACAGAAUCCAAAAAUGAUUACGGUUUUAACAAUAUAAUAUAAUAAAAAUUAAUACUUCAAGUUUUAUUUAAAGUUAUCAGUGAUGAAAUAUUUUUUUUGGAAAUGGAUUUUUAAUAACUUGUGAAAUAAUAUUCUUCACUUUUCUCAAUAAUAUAAUAUUUAAACUGCAGUUUACGAGCAUUUUGACGUUCGAUUCGUUUAAUUUCACAUUUAUUCUUUUCCUUAUAUAAGAAUAACAAUAAUCAGAAUAGCAAUUGCGCGUUUUAUUUAUGUUUUUAAUACGAGCCACCGGUUUUGUCAUUAAUUUUCAACAUACACCUUGACCCAAAGUGUGCGCAUUUAAUCCAAAAAACGUGCGAAAUCUUUAUUGUUUAGUUCUUUGAAUAAAAUAUAAUAUACUUCACUGCAUUUUAUACAAUGCAAGUGUUAAAUAAUUUUCACAUGACCUUUACUCGAACGUAUUAGAGUUGCGUUAACUAAUACGUAAAAUGCCCCGAAUGAUAAUUAUUAUUAUAUUGACUGAAUAAUAAUUACCUGAUUACCGCAGAAAGGGUACGUAUUUUAAAACUUUUCAAGAAGGACAAAAAAUAUCUUAGGUGACUAUAGUUUUAUAAUAUUUCAUAAAAUGGCUGUAGAAACUUUUAGAUAAUAUCUGACACUUUAUGACAUUACAAUUAUUAAUGAGAAAUUUUUUUUUCAAUUUUUUUUCCUCGAUAAUAUUAUACAAUUUGAAUACGUGCACUUUUUGCAUUUAGCAAUUCAUAUUUUAUUGUAGUUUUGUACAACUGCUGCAGCAGAGGAUAUGAGCGUUAAAGUCUCUCGGGAUCAAAGUAUUACAUUGUUAUUAUAUAGACCGUACACACAUAUUAUUUGAAAAAAAAUAAUUGCAUUAUUAGGUAUACAAAAAAAAAUACGGUUACGUUAUCCCCCUUAACUACAACUGGCAGUUAGAUGUAGGUACUUGAUCUAACAAUCCAUAUAGAAGACACAAUUAUACCUAGUGGAAAUAUACGAGUGUUCAUGUUAUUAUAUAUACGUAUAUUGUGAUUAUUAUGAUACCACGUCGUUAUGGUGAUGGUCAUUGUUGGUAUUUAUUAUAUUUUAUUAUUUGUAUAAUAUAAUAUGCUCUCUUAUGUUCCAUUUUUUUUUUCGUUUUUAAUGUUUUGGUCACACAGCGGGUGAUAUAGGAUUAUAUAUACCUAUAUUAUUAUUAUUGUUAUUAUUUUUACAUAACCGUAGUCAUCAUACAUAUUAUGUUUUUUUUUUGCAUUGUGUUUUUGGUUAGAUGUCACAUGUGUAUGUGUAUGUUCAUGUGUGUGUGUGUGUGUGUGUAGGUAGUUUUUGUAACGUAAUUAUUAUAUUAACUAUAAUAAUAAUACACGCAGUUAUUCCGCAGCGUAAAAUGCUUAGACUGCACAGGAUAGGACCGAAACGAAUGGCAAAUUUAAAAGGAAACGAAAAUAUUAUUCGCGAUGUCUUAUGCACAUAGAUUCAUGGGUGUUGUGCAAGUUUUGUAUCAUCAUUAUGAUCAUUCGGUCGUGUUGAAGGAGAUAAUAUAUAUAUUAUAUUUUCAUUAUUUUUAGUAAAUAUACUUCUUAUGGGUGCACCGGAUCGUCAAGCUAUAGGUACCCAUACCUAUAAUAUUAUAACGACGGAUAUGAAAUCAUAAUUUUGAUUUUAUUAACGCUUUGAUGGGUAUUUUAAUUGGAAAUUUCCAUUCGUCAAUAACGUCAUAAUCGUCAUCGUCGUCGUCGUCGUUACCAUGCUUUCACAGUUUUCAAGUUCCGGCGCCAUCGUGCAUAGCAGUCGUUUAUAAGAAUCGAUUAUUAUAUUAUAGGUAUUAUUAUUAUUAUUAUUAUUAUUAUUAUUAUUAUUAUUCAGAAGAAGAGAGUUUUUAUACACCCGUUACACCCAUUGAUCGUCGAUCGACCGAUCACUAUUCGUCGCGAAGAAAAUGGUAUCGUUAACCGUUUUCCAUUACACAUAGGCAUAUGUAUAACGUUCAAUCAGUUUCAUACGAAUAUUAUUCCAAUCAUUAUUUUUAGAUUUUGAGCGAAUCGAGGAAUGUGUAAGCAUUGGUUUUACUUUAUACAGGGUGUCUCGCCGUAUUCUAUUUAUUUCCUUAACGUAAUAUAGUAUAAAAUAUUCCGUAGAACACGGUAUAAUAUCCCGUAUGAUGAUGACAUGUGCGUGUUUUUUUUCUUGUCAGAAGACAAUUUUUCUACCGGAAAUCUUACGUCGAUCAUCAACUUCAAGCGUGGUUUCUGCAGGUACCUAUAGAUCUAAAAUCUUUAAAUACAAUCAACCUUUAAAGCUUUCUUAAUAAUUAGGAAAAUUUACGCAAUAGCGGUUUUUGUUAUUUUCGAAUUUUUUUUUUUUGUUUGUAGACCUGACAUUAUCACGGAAUAUUGAUGUUAGCCUUUUCUAUAAUAUAGACGUGGAAAAAUUAUUUUCGAGCUAUUUAUUAUUAAUAGACUAUUUGAAAUUUGUCGAGUUUUUUCUAGUAAUUGAACGUAAUAAUAUAGUAGUUAAAUUUCAAGUUCAAGUAAUAGUUUUGAUGAAAAUCAUGGCAUUUCAAAAUAUAUUUUUAACCGAACUUUGCUCGUUUUUCGUUAUGAACGAUAUAAAUUAAAUUACUUACAUGUAUAUAUUCUGCUUUCUCUGUAACUUCCCCCCUUAAAUUAUUAGUUUUUAGUAUGUAAACUCAAUUGAUUAUAUUAGAUUAGCUAAUAAUUCUAAAAAGUAAAAAAUUCGAUUGAUACGCACUUUGGAAUUUUAAUUUAUCAACAAUGAUAAGUAUAAUGUUUGUUGAAAAAGUAUCUAUAUUAAAUGUUUCUAAUUGAUUAAUAUUAUUAUAGUUACUUAAACACCUCAAUUUGGUACGGUGUUUUGGUAGGAAUAAGGAAAUUUUUUUUUUUUUAAGACAUGAUUUUUUUUAUAUUACUAGUUGCAGUUAUAAAAUAGGUAUUAGUAAUAUUACCUAUUUGAGUUUAAUCGUAUAUAUUGGUUUUCGUAAUAUUAUAAAUCAGUGAAUAGUGUGCGUGAGACAUAUACUGCGAUAUAAUUUAUUUUUAUUUUUUUGUGGAAUAAACUCAAUUUGACACAUUGUACCAUGCGACACUAAAUCUAUACUAUAUCAAUAGGAAAAAAAAUCGUAUUAACAAUGGUAUAUUAUUUCUUCAUUUACGUAUUUAUAAUAAAAUAACAAAGACAUUUUUUUGAAUUAUAUUGAUCGCUAAUUAUUGCAGGCGAAUAAUACUAUAUUGAAUAAAUCGCAUUUUUAAUCAAAUUUAAGUAAGUGAUUCAAAAUUCAAAAUUGUAGUUGCAAAUCGUAAUUUCGAUAUUUUAAUUUAAUAACUACUGCGUUGGAUACUAAUAAUAUUUAAUUAUAACGAUAUUAUAUAUUUUACUGUAUAUUCAAUUAAAAAUUCAUAUAUUUAAAAAAAAAAACAGGAAAAAUAAUUUUUAAACAGGGGAAAAAUAUGAUAUUAAUCUAGUUAUAAUACUGUACAUUAUCAUUUACAAGUACGUUUUCUAACAUUAAAUACGAACAAAAAAUAACAUAUCUAUACAGUGUUAAGAAAUUUCAUUUUAAAAUUCAUGUGCCCGUGAAGUAAAAUUUAAUUGAAUCAGCUAUAUUAUCAUUAUAUAAUUUGUAAUAUGUUGUACGUAGGUAUAUCAUUCGAUGGUAAUUUGUUCCGAUAGAUUUAUUUAUUCGUGUUUUGUCAAGACCGUUCAAGACAAAUAAAAUACAAGUAGGUUUAUUUUCUAAUAUAAGUAUAUAGGUACCCGAGUAGGUAACUAUGUAUAUAUAUAUAGGUUUAUAGAGGGUUAUGCAGCUGUAGAGCAAACACGUGAUCAAUUUUGUUCGAUCAAUUCGUUGUGGAUCAUUAAUUUUUUUUCUUUCGAUUUUUGUACAGUAUUAAUCAAAGACAUAUAUAUAUAUGUAUAUACCUACACUACAUUUGUAUCAAUAAAAAUAAUAUAAUUUUUGUGAAAAAAAUGAACAUUCUUUGUCAACAUUGUUGUACCCAUUAUCAUAUAUUGUCCAGCACUAAUCAAAUACGCGAAUUUCGGACGCCAAUGUUAAUGUAUGCAAGUAAUUUGGAUUUGAUAGAAUUUCACAUUAAAUACGUUUAUUAAUAUGAUUAAGCACGAUAAAUUCACUUUAAUAGCAUCGAACAAACUUUUUUUUAAAACGUAUCUUUGGUCUCAGAGAAGAAGAGCUUAAAACCAUUUUAUGUAAUUUUCAAUACAAGUAAAUGAAAUUUUGAAUGUACAUAUACUAAAAUAGACAAAAUGUUUUAAAAAGCUACCAAACAUAGAUUUAAGUUAUAUAUAUAGAAUUAGAAGGAUUGCACUUUGUAAAAAUAACUAAUCGAUUAAUAGGAUUAUAAUUUUAUCAGAGGGUGUCGUCACGACAGUUUAAUUUAGCACUCGAAGGCAUUCCGCACUUUUUCACACGAUUGCAAUUCUCUGAAACUAUGAGUUUAGGAGAAUUGAUCCUAUUAUUAUUAUUUUAUACAGAAAAAUAUUUAUUAUGUCCCUUGACCGAAUGAUAAAGUAAAAAUACAGUGAAAAUACUUUUCUUUAUAAAAUGUAUAAUAUGGGGUCCAUAAAUUCAACCAGAGGGUCACAAUGGUUAAAGUGUGAAAUGCCUUUGUUGUUAUAACACAUGUGAGACUGAUAGAUAAAACAAAAUCUAGUCUAACCUAAUCUUCAAAAUUAUUGUUAAACCUAUAUGCAUAAAAUGCUAAAACUGCGUACAAUAUAUUAUAAUCUACACAGUAUUGUGUAUUAAGUUUCGACGACCGGCAAAAUAUUAUAAACUUGAGAAUCUCAGUUGAAAAAAAUGUUCCUCACGUCCCGCACUCGCAGUUGAAUAAUCAUAUUUUAGAUCGUGACUAUAUUUUCUGAUGAGAUUAGUUUAAUAAUCACAAAAAAAAAAAAAAUAUCAACAACAAUUGCGCACAUUCCGUAAUAUUUAUUACGGAGUUGUUCAAUUAACAGAUGGUUCAACGCACUCGCAGCUUUCUCUAUCACUGCAUCACUCUCAAUCUUCGAUAUACCUACUCGUAUUUUUUACAUUUUUAUUAAUUAUAGGUAGGAUAUCCGAUCUUGACCGUCCUCCGCACCAAACUUAAUAUAUCGGCGGUAAUCAACGUCUACACUGCGUGUGGGAAUAAAAAAAAAAUAUUGAAAAAAAAAUAUAUCGUUUGUCAACGAGAAAAUGGAAAACUUUCGCUUCGGCUCUUGGUGAAGGUCGGCGAGAUUUCUAGAGGACAGCUAGUCAUCGUUCGCGCGCGCCCGGAUAGAAUGAAAGCAAGUGUGUGUGUGCUCGCGCCCGCGUCUAUUCUUCGGUUGGAAAUGAUUAUUAUUUUUAUAUAUUAUUACUAUUGCUGCUGGUAUUUUUUAUUUUUAUAUACAUGAGAUAUGUCAAAAAAUGAUAAACGUGAUAAACGAGGAUUUGCUAUGAAAAAAAAAUGAAAUAUAAUAUAUAUUUAUUUCUAUUCAUCGUUUUGUAUUUUUGUAAUGAUCGUAUGUAUAUAAUAUAUAUGUAUUACUAAUACUAUGCCCAGACGAGAAAUUUCUGAAAUGAAAAAAAAAACGCCCGUGUCAUUAGCUGGUGAUUUUAUCAAUAAAUAUAUCGUAAUUUUUGGUGCUCGAAAUCAAUUGUGGACCUAUACUCUGUUCGGGUUUAGUUAGCAAAUAUAUUUAAAAUUACAUGAAUUCAACAAUAUUAUUAUUAUGUCCUUUAUAAUUCGGAGUAAAAUAUAUUGUUUUAUAAGACAAGCGCGUCCGAGAGAAAUAAUAUAUUAUACUAAUACAAUAAUAUUUCGAAUUGGUUCCGAAAAUUAAAAGAAAUUUUAGUGUUCGAAAUGUCUCUGAUGAGAAAAUGAGAUAAGGACAGACCGGGUAAUAGAAGAAUUGUACGGCGAAUCAGAUACUUAGGGAUACUUAGGGAACUGAACACAACACGAUCAAGAGGACGGCCCAGUAAACGGUAGAAAGAUAGGAUUGCUAAAGACUUAACAUUGUUACAAUGCGUAAAAAAUGGAUAUCAAGUAGCGAAUAAGAGAGAGAUACAGAGGCAUUUGAUGGUUGCGGUAACAAGCCUCAACGGCCCGAAAAAAGCCAAAAAACCAAAAAAAAAAUAAGAAGGCAGUGUUCAAAUAAAAAUAAUACAGAUAUAAUUUAGUUACAUGUAUAGAAACCUGAGAGAUUUCGUCAAGUCAUAAUAUCAUCGUAGCGUAGGUUGCAUUUUAAGGAGCGUCUUAAUUUCUAUAUUAUGUAGCCUAUAUUAAUGCUAUUAAUAUGCACUUAUUCUUAUGAGAGUACACGCUGGGUUACAUAACAUUACAGAUUCAUAUUAUGGCGCGAAUGACUAUUCAAAUGAGCGUAAUAUUUUAGUCGAGACGGAUUAUACGAAUAUAGUGCUAGAUAAAGUCGUUUAUAAUUUUGAUUCGUACAUUUGCAAUAUUAUAAAACGUUUUGAAUUUUUCAGAACUCACUAGAUGAUUAUAAGGAGUGUAUAUCACUCAAUUUUUGAUUUAAGGAAAUACAUAAUAUUAUAAUAUUCAGUGUAUAUUUCGACCGUUUUUUUUUUUUGUUCCUAUACUCUACUUACAUACAUAUAGGUAGUGGUGAAACCGGAACGAAUACGCCAAAUGGUUUUGUAUAAACUGUUUUUAAAUGGCUAUACUAUAAUGGUAUAUUUAUGUAUACAAAUUACAUACAAAUCUACGUACAAUCAUCCGAUUAUAUUUAUUUGUUAGGUACCUACAGGCUACUGUCAAUUUAAUAGAACCAACGGCGACGAAUACGCUUAAACUGUUUGAAUACAAGUACAAUAUUUUUUUAAUUUUUUUUUUUUAACGUUUAAUUUGAAUGUGUAAUACAGUUUUCUAUAGUUUGUAUAUUUUGAUUUGAAAACAUAUUUUUUUUUCCACUAUAAGAAACUUUCAUGCGACAAACAAAUGCAAAGUACAAUAAUAUUUUGAAAUAUUAUCGUUUAUUUAUGAAAAAUAAAAAUCACGAAAUGUUUUGUUUAAGUCGAAAUCGGAACCGCAGACAAACGUACCGAAUAAUAUUACGGGGAAAUUAAAAAACACUAGAUAUUGUACACUCCUUACCACGCCUUUAAAUUUUCUGCGCGUUUGUCUGUACCAUUCUUCUUUAUUAUUAUUUUUUUUUAAUACAGGUAGGUACUUGAACGAUUUCACUAUUACAUUCCAUUGAAUGCAAAGUAUUUAAUUCAGUCUCCGAACGAAUAUAUUUAAAUAAUUCAUGAGACAAAUGGCUUUUUUUUUUUUAAAUGUAUGCCUAUAAAAAAAUUGUGUUCACGAUAAAUGUUUAUACAUAUUACCUAUACGUACAAAUAAUACACGGUUUUUAUUUCUAUUGUAUUUGAUUUUACACGAUUGUCGAUAAGUUGACGUUUAUAUAGAGACAUUAGACGAUUGUAUAGGAUGUCAACGAUAUUACCGCUCUUGUCAACUGAAUAUGGUACACCGUAAUAAUAUACUAUGAUUUUUAGAGAUUUAUUAAUACAAUUGUUAUAACUACACCAAAGAUAAUGCUAAGUUGAAAAGUUUCAAAACUUUUCUAUGAGGCUUAAUAUAAUAUAUACUAAUCAUUUAAGGAGAUCGGUGAUGAUAUAAUGUGUAUAUUUUAGUAAAUUUUUAGGCUUUUUAGUCGGACAAAACGUAAGGGGUUGUGUUUAUGAAUUAUGAUUCUCUAGGUUUGUAGUAAUUUUGGAAAUAGAAAUGUGAUUAUUUUACUGGAAAUAGUAGAAAAAUAUAUUGUAUUUUUCAAAAAUGUACGUUUAGAAUUUUAUCUUUUACUUACGAUAAAAAUAAUUCUAAUAAAAAAAAAAUAAUAAUAAUGGUCCAAACGUAUCCUAUACAUAUUAAAGAACCAAAAGAAAUAGUUUUGUCUAGGUUUUUGGGGCUAAAACGUCCUACUCUUUUCCCUUAACGGAUAUCGGGCAGUAAAUUAGCGGACAGUUCUCAUCAUAAAGGCUCAUUAAAAUUUAAACUAGCUAAUUUUUUCUAAUUUUUCAAAAUCGGACACAAUUUGAAAAACCGUCACCAAACGCCUUUAACGAAUUUAUUGAUCUAAACAUGUAUUCAAAAACAACUAUCAAGUACAGUAUGAUACCUGACCCGUACAAUUUGAUAAUAUUAUGUCCGCGAGCAAUAAUAGACGAUAUUAUCACGUUAUACGUAUAUAGGUGUACGAUUCGCAGUACAAUUUCAAGGUGUAAAACAGCGCACAAACUUUCGACGGUAUAAUAUGUAAUAAUAAACAUGAAAUUUGAGAUCCUGUUGAGCCCGCCAAGACCCGCGUGUUACUGCGCGUACCCAACAUACACGUGUAUGAUGCAUAUAGGUGUCGUGGCGCGACUUCCUAUUCUAAUAACGGAAACCGAACUCGUGUAUAUAUUUAUUUAGAUUUUUUUUACCCGGCGACGGCUAUAAAACUCUGCGGGAUUGCGUAACUCGCGCGAUACACGUCCGGUGUGAUAGUAUAGGUGUAUAUUUAAUACAUACAUAUAUAUGGGUAUUAUUGUCGGAAUUCCAUUCGCUAGACCGCUUUCGUUUUCUUAUACAUAUAUACCUACUUACGCGAGCGCGUUCUCCGUUUACCGUGAAUUUAUAUUUAUAUACGAUUUUUAUUAUUAUAUUUUAUACGUAGGUACGUGUCGUCCGACCGGUCGCGCGCGCGGUAAACGUAUCGGGCAAAUCUAAUUUUUAUUUUUCUUCCAUUCGUCCAAUAGGUACCUAUAUAAUAUGUAUAGGAAGAAAAAAAAAUAUAAACCCGAUACACCGGACACGCGGAUACCUAAUAUACUAUUGCAGGAAGCGCGCGAACCGAUCUGCGAGUAUCGCUCGAGCAUUUUAUAACAUUAUACGAAAACCGUUGUACACAUUAUAUUGUUUAUACACUCGGCAUAAUACGAACAUUUAUUAUGUUUCCGUCCGGUCUCGUCAAAAUCUUCUAGUGUAAAGGCAUAAAUAUAUCGCCUCAGACUAAGAUAAUAACGAUGGACUGGCUCGGGUGCAAUAUCUGCGAGUAAUCUAGCGAUUUUAACACCAUGUACAUAUUGAACAUGAUCGGAAAAUACGAGGUCGGCAAAUAUGUUGGAUUAUGUUUCCGAAAUUUUGCUACUAGAUAUUAGAUGGCAUUCGACUCGUAAGGUUUUUAUACGAUGGAAUGAGAAAAAUGGCUUAAUUCUUCUUCCCCCAAACAUCUCUACGUUGAUGCCUAUUCGAUGUCAGUCAAUUUUAUCUUAGUCCGUGAACAUUGAGACGGUUAUUGUUUUGCGGUCCAACACUAUAGGAAAUUAAGACCAUUUUUGUUUACACUUUGUAUACGUGAUAACCUGCACUGUGACAAAGUGAUCAGGUACCUCGACCUGGCCUCAAUCAGUGAAGACAACUUCAAUUUCAUCGUUACUGAUAAACCGACAUGCCAGUAUCAAUUAUUUUAUUAUCUUUAAGUGCAUAUAGGUUGGGUAUACAAGUUCGCUUUCUUUCGACGAUUUCGCCCGGCCGACCACGUCUAAAUUUAAUAUGAAAACGUUUUAUGGGUACCUAGGUACACACUACACAGUCUGCUGGUAGGUAUUAACACUAAUCUAACCUACACGGUUUGUUGAUUUUUGAAAACUUUAUAAUACGCGGUAUAAUUUAAAAAUAUAAAAAUAUUUUUUCCUUUACAACAUACGCGAUAAAUUAUUAUGCAUUUAGAACGAUGAUGAUAAUUAUUAAAUCUAAUGACUGUGCGCUCGCCUUCGGUUCACAACUCGAGCGUACACGCGUAUGUGGAGCACGUCGAGAGCGUUUUCCCGACGGUUUCGUUUUUCUUUUUUUUUAUCACUUUUCAUAUUUCAUUUGGGCCAUCGAUCUCAUAAGUCAUGUUACAAUAAUAAUUUUAUAUAAUUAAUAAAUAUGCGCUUGCGUAAUCAAAUAACAUUCGGUUAUUAAUUAGGUAGUCAAUAUUAUUGCUGUUCCAAGGUUAGGUAUCUUGAGGUUCUAAGAAUAAUUUGACAUUAAAAUGUGUAGUGCUUUUUUUCCACCUAGCUGCAUCAAUAUUAUUUUUUUUACCAGAAAUUUUUUAAAAGUUAAUAAAAAUGUUAUUUGUAGUCGGUAUUUUUGUGAAGGCAUGGUCUCCCAUCAGAUUUUUCUGGCGCCGGCCCUGAUUGUCAUAACCGUUGUAAACUUGGCAGAUCUAUACUAGUUAAACAUUUGAAUAUUUACCUAUAACUGUUGUAACAGUUGUCUUUAAAUUUUUAAUUUUUUAAUACAGUUAUUCGCGGUUAACCAUAAUAUAACGAUAUAUACACCACAGCGAUGUUCAGUAUAGCACGAUUAAAGAGGCGUAGGGGACACGUAAAAAGGAAAAAUUUCCGUCGGGACUUAUACAACAAUCUAUACCUCCUGUCUGAUAGUUACGUGUAUUAUUAUGAUCACCUACCGAGUCGAGGUGUGGGUAGUUUUCUUUGCCGCGAUGCCUACACCGGAUUUAUUGUUAUUUUGUCUUUUCACUCUGACCGCGCAGAUGAUUUAUUUUUUCACGAGCAGUAAACAACUCGACAAUAUUAUAAUAACAUUGUGUUCUCGCCAGCAGAGAAGAUUAUAUCUCACUAAAAAGAUUUUGACGAGAAAACAAAUUUUUUCGUGAUACUGCAGUGCAAUAGUAUUAUAAUUAUAAUAAGUGGUGUACGCCUAUUUAAUAAUCAUUAUACCAGCUAUACUCGCAAUGAUGGCGUUCUAAAAGAAAAAAACCUCAUAGUCACGACCAUAUGUCUUAUUGCUAUAAUAUAUUAAUAUAGGUAGUAAACGGUGGCGAUUAAUCAUUAUUGUAGAAAUAGAAAUAUUCGAAAUUGCAUGUAAUAGGUAUUAUGAUGAAUUACGAUACUUAAAUCGCUUAGAGAGACGGAUACGAUGGCGACGACUACUUCAUUUUCUGUAUCAUAGUAACAUGAUAUACCGUCGUUAUGAUGUAUACGGUUCGAGCUACAGUUUUAAACACGUUUGUUUUACAACCGACACAUCGAUAUACGUUAUUUGACCACAUCGUGAUAUAUUACAAAGAACUCUGCGUGUUCUUAUAUAGUAAAAGAAAGAAGAAAGCAUUUUUUCUAAUUUAUAAGUGGCAUAUUAUAAUAUUCGUCUAUAAUUACACACAUUUAAAAUCUAUUCUAAACUGGUUUUACAAAUAUUAGUAAUCUACUAGACGUCCCGCAUCGUUAUGUCUACGAAAAAUAAUGAAUGAAAAACGGAUAAAAAAAAAUGUUAAGAAUCGGAUUGGUGGCGUAAUUUUGACUAGGUCGAGGAGGAGGGAACAAUGGGUGUACACUAAUAAAUAUGUUGAGUGUAGUUGACCCAGAGUAAAGUUAAAACCUGAGUUAAUUUAAAAAAUAACAAUUUUAAAAAGGACUUUAUGCCAUCUUCUUUUAAUUUUAAAACACCUUCCUCCGUGUACGCAAAUUCGUUCUUCGUUUGACCUUCAAUAAUUGUGUAUGAGAGACAAAAAUCGCAGUAUAGGUAGAGAGACGUGAGACGUAUGCAUUUGCACCAACACCGAAUACGUCACUAAAUCGGAUUAUAUCUCCUACAAGUAUAACACUUUACCUCUAUGCGAUUUUAGUAUAGACAUAGAUAGGUAAAUAUAUUAAAUUUUGUUUUUCAAUUUUCUCGAUCGCGAUACCUUUGUUAUAGGUAGGUAAUGAUAAUUAUUCUUCUUCCAUGAAAUGAACGUAUAAUAAAUUGUUAUACUACUAUACCAAUAUUACUCGCGUAGGUACCUACGCACGUAUAAACUCAUGGAUUCGCAUAUUAUAAAAUAAUUUCCUUGACUGUAUAAUGAAAUAGGUACCUACUUAUGUAUAGAUAUUCACGAACAUUAUGUCAUAAAAAGCGUGCCGAUUUGAUCUUAUGCGGUUACGAUAAGUUCUGAACAUAUUACAAUAUUAUAUUGGUCCAGGUGGGUUAACGUAUACUCACACAGUUACACAUCAAACACGAAUUGCCUGCAUAUUGUGAUAUAUAAAUAUAAAUGCGCGUUGAAAAUAUUUGUCACACUUGGUGUCCUAGAACUCUUGGGUGAAAACGCUUCAUUAUAUUACGAAGUUUCGGGUAAUUUACUCAUAAUUUAAUUUUAAUGUGACCUGAUAUACUUACAUAUUAUUAUUAUUAUUAUUAUUUUGAAAAUCCAAAUAGUUCCGGUGCGAUAGACAAUUAUUAUAUUAUAAAAUAUGUGCGCGAUCGGUCUCAGGUGAUAUACCGAUAAUAUUAAUAAUAAUAAUAACAAUAAUAAUAAUAAUAAUAUUAUAGUUACUCAACAACUAUGUCGUAAUAUUAUUAUAGAUAUUAUGAUUACAAACUGAUCAUACAAAACGCCAAAAAAAAAAAUAAAAAUAUAUAUAUAUAUACUUACGUCCUACCUAUUAUAAUUGCAUUAUAUUAUUAUUAUAUAUUAAUAAUAAUAUAGUUAUAAUAUUAUCCAGGUUUUGUCUAGAAUUUUGUUUCUUUUUUUUUAUCUUGAUUAUUAAAACAAUUUAUAUAUACUAUCAACCAAAUUAUUAUAUACAUAUUAAUAAUUACUUGAUUUUUUUAUAUAAUAUUAUUUUGUUAUUUUAUUAUUUAAGCAAUAAUUUUAAUCAAUAACCAAAAAAAAUAUAAUAAUAAUUCCAAAUCAUUUAUAAUAUCAAUUCAAAAUUUUGAAUGAAACCUACAAUAAUGUAUACGUAUGUUGUUUAUUUAUAAUAUAAUUUUAUUUUUUAAUUUUUUUAUAGGUUCCAAUAGAUCAUGAAAGGGUGGAGAUUGGUCGUGCUUCUUUGCACGACCUUGCUAUGUGAAUCAGUAAGGUCACUAGACAAAUGGAGCCGACCAGAUACGGCAGAGAAACGUAUAGACGAUUGGGUACCAAUAACGGCAAGUUGUCCAUCUUGCAAUAAAAACUUAGAACCAAAUGAGGAUAGUAACGUUGAUGAAAUCGGAAGUUUACUAAAUCCGCCAGCUGUUCCAUCUGGACGUUCGUUUAAUUUUAAUGCCAAACAAAACAAUUUCAAACGAGCUCCAGCCGGUGAACCAUAUGAAAUCACUACACCUUCGGCACCGUUGACUCAGUUUUUCAAUCAACAACAUUCACCGAAAAUCCCGCAAUCUAUCCAAUUCCCAGUAUCGUUUUUCAAUCAACAAAACCCAUUUCAGUCAAGGUUUCAAGGAGUUCCUAAUUUCCAACCACAAUUCACGUUCAUACCCCAACCACAAAUACAACCGGCGCCAAAAGAGAACAAAGUAACGUUUCCCGAGUCACCAUUUAUUCAGCAACAAAACAAGGGAUCUGUACAACUCGUUUAUGUGCCCAUUGAAGCCCUUCAAAGACAAAAACCUAGAUUUCAAGCUGACAGGCCAGUCCCGCAACAAUCGCAAUUGGAGGUCAAGACACAAUCACCAUUCGAGACUGGUAAACUAAAGUUCCAAAGACCACCACAACCAUUUGACCCUUCUAGGUUCCCGAAUAGUCAACAAUUUGAACAAGACCCUAACCGUUUCGCACCACCUCCGCCUCCAACAUCGUUUGAACAAGAUAUUGGUCGUUUUCCGCCACCAUCUCAACUAUUUGAACAAGAAAAACCUACUUUCCCCUCUCAAUUAAAAGAAACGCGUCCUGAGUUUUUGCCUCAAAACGAACAACCAGUUGCCCCACAGUCUUAUCAAUUUGUAGAAGAUGCCAGAAAUCCACCUUCCAACUUUUUCCAAUUCCACGAUAAUAGAUUCCAGAAACCAUCUAUAGAAGAAGGAAAAGCAAAAGAACCAAAACCACAAGUUAAACCGACAUUUGUACCAAAUAUUGAUGGAACCAGACAGGAAUCUAUUCAAAGUUUUACUUCAAACUUUGAUGGAAAUCGCCCAAGGCAAGAACCACCCCAAAAUUUCCAAACGAAUUUCCAAGAAACAAGACCAAGAAAAGAACAACAGCCACAGAACUUCCAGCAGAAUUUUCAAGAAACAAAACCAAGACCUGAACCACAAUUACAGAAUUUCCAACCAAAUUUCCAAGAAACAAGACCAAGAAAAGAUCCACGACCACAAAACAACCAACCUAGUUUCCAAGAAACAAAACCAAGACAAGAAACAUUUCCACAAUCACCACCACCGCAGUUUAUUCCUAAAUUUGAACCUCAACAAGAGUUUAUUCCCAAUUUCCAAGAAUCAAGGCCACGACCAGAAUCACCACAAAUACCCUCACAACAAUUUAUUCCCAAGUUUGAGGAUUCAAAAUUAGCCCCUCAACAACAGUUUAUUCCUGAUUUUCAAGAAAUAUCGCAACAACAAUUGCCACAACAAAUCUUUAGUCCCGAUUUUGAAUCAUUAAGGCCAAAACCAGAAGUUGUGCAAAACUUUGUUCCUAACUUCCAAGAAACAAUACCAAAACAAGAAUCACAAGAAGCAUUUGUUCCACAUUUUGAAGAAGUAAAACCGAAAUUGAAUCCAAAAGUUGAAUUAACUUUACCUUCAACACCAACGCCUCAAGAAACAUUUAGCUUACCAAGUUCUACAGAACAAAUAACUCCAUCUACGUCAUAUCCACCCCCUCAUCAACCUCCACUUUCCGUUUAUAUGGAAAAACGUCUCGAUAAUAAAAUAAAUGAAGUAUUGACAAUAUUAAAGGAUGCAAAAACUAUACCUGUAUUGGAUACGAUUGGUAAUCGUUCACCCAAAGUGUUUGUUGGACCGACUGAUCUUGAUGCACCAAGAGGAUACGUCAAAUUUGAAUUGCCCUAUUUAUCGUCACUUGAUAUAAAUAAAAUUGAUUCCAUGGGUGAUCGCUUACCAUUCUUCGUUGCGCCACUUAAUUUCAAACCUCCGUUUGGUUAUGCCAAAAUUCCAUUUCCACCACCCCAUAUAGGAUCUGUUGUUGUAUCUUCUAAGUCAUCUAAUGUACCAUCUUCUACUGAAUUUGUUCCAUUUACACUCACGAUGACGUCUCAAUUACCCACCGAAGUAAACUCAUUACAACCAUCUUUAUCAAGUACUACACAACGAGGAACAGAAAGACCUCAAAAAAGUACUGAUGCAACAACUACAUCUACGCCAAAACGAAAUAGACAAAGAAAACCAUUACACAGAGGCACUUUAAGUAGUUUUAGCACGAGCACGCCUUUAAAUGAUAUUACAGAACGCAAAAGAGAUCAUUUUACCACACCUGCUGCAGAUUUACAACGGUUAACAGAAAGUUCACCUUCGGUAAGUGAACAACCACAAUUUUCAGAAAGUACACCAACACCUGUUAGGCAUAAAUUUUCACGGAAACCAGUUGAACACACAACCGUAUUUGAAACUACACAAGUGCCUAUUCAGCAACAGCAGCAAUUUGAUAAUUCACAACAGCAACAAUUUAAUAAUCCACAACAACAGCAGUUUAAUUACUUAAACCAAGAAAAUUUCGAAAACCCGAAGCAACAGCAGUCUGAAAACCCAGAUCAACAGCAGUUUAACAACCAACAACAACAACAAUUUAACAACCUCCAACAACAGCAAUUCAACAACCCAGAACAGCAACAAUUUGAUAAUAUAAAUCAACAGCACUUCGAUAGCCCAAAACAACACCAAUUUGAAAAUCCAAAACAACAAACAUUUGAUAACCUUAACGAACAACAAUUUAAUAGCCCGAAACAACAGCAGUUCGAUAACGUAAAUCAACCGCAGUUCGAUAAUCCAAAUCAACCGCAGUUCGAUAGUCCAAAUCAACCGCAGUUCGAUAACCCAAAACAAAAACAGUUUGAUAACUUACAGCAGCAGAAAUUUGAUAGUAAAAAACAACAGCAAUUCGAUAAUCCUCAGCAACAAUUUUUUGCAGACCAACAAGUUCCUCAAACACAGUCAGACUAUUUAAAUAGUUCACCUCAAGUUACACAAUCACAGUUUUUCAACAAUCAACAACAACAACCAAGUCAACAAACAUUCUUUGAAAAUGUACAAUCGCCGAGUCAACAAUCAUUCGUUGAUAGUCAACCACUUCCGAGUCAACAGCCAUUCUUUGAAAAUCAACAAUUCCUUGAAAAUUCUCCACAGACUCUUCAAGAACAAGUAUCAAACACCCCACAAUCUUUUACGGAUCAUCCACAAUUCAUCUCUAGUUCGACCGAAAAACAAAUAUUUAAAAACUUUCAACAAAUACAACCACUUUCCCAGUAUCAGGUAGGAAAUAACUUUUUGAAUCAACAACAGUCGUCAACAGAACAAAUUCAAUCGGCAUCCAAUCCUCCACAAACUGUGUCUAUUGAACCUCAAACAGUGGCUACAGUUUCCCCUACAGAUACGCCGAAAUUUAGACAACGUCUUUCAUAUUACGAUAAAUUAUUAAUGUCGUCCACUCAAGCUCCAGCCAUAGAAUACACUAGUGCUCAAAAUUUCAUAGAAACUAGUGAAAAACCUAGAGAACGGACAAAACUAAGGCCGAGACAAAGAACGACAACGACUAGAAAACCUACAACGGAAUCUCCGAUGACACCCGAAGAGGUAUCCGAACAAGUAACCGUGGAGUCUUCCACCCAAAGGUAUAAUCCUUUGAAAAGACGUCGUCCAACCACCACGACGACUACUACCGAACAAACUGAAGUGACUAGGAACCCGUUGAGGUCUAGAACAACACAGGCAGGCAGAUCGGACUUUGUGCGAUCGAGGUCUCGAAGGCCGACAACGACAACGACAACUACGACGACGGUACCGACAACAACCACCACUGAAGAAGUACGUGUCCAGCAGCUGUACGAAGACGUAAACAACGCUCAGGUAACUGGUCUAGACGAACAGAAAAAAAUCGAAGAGGCCGCAUCGUUUUGGAACGAACCGGUAACUAUUCAACAGAGCCAAGGAUACGAAUUGGAUACGAGGUACACACAGCCCCCGAACGCAGGUGGCCUAGAUCUGAGGUUCGCGGAGCCACCAACGGCAGAAGAAGAAUCUUCUAACAAGGAGAAUAAGUACACUAACGAGAAAAAAGCACACGACCCAAACAGCGAGAAGAAGGGACCCGGUCGUCGGGGCCACUGGGUCAGAGUGCGCGUGAAGAAACCACAGGACAAUUUGGACACAGCCGAGUCACAGAACUCGUUGGGUCCGCUAUCGGUAAACGCCGUUAGAGAACUGGUCACCAAGCCGACGCACGAAUUCAGCAGCGCUGCAGCAGAGCUCACGACAACGGCACCAGUGUCGGAACCUAACCCGGUUACGCCACAAACUACGACCACGACCGCUGCUACCACGACCACUACCACGACCGAGGUGCCACCGACGACCACCGCAGCAGCCUUCACCAGCGUUGUGCCAUUGACGACCAUUGACUACGCGUCGGACGGUGCAGUAGCCACGGAAGAACAUUCGGCUGAAACCACAACCGUUCUCCUGCCACCGUUGUCGCCAGAACAGCAACAGCAGACCGGAGCUAAGUAUCCAGACGACGAACAGGACGAGGCAUUCCAAAGAAAUCUUGCCGAUAUGUUGGCCAAAUUCAUCGGGGACGGCGGUAACCAGCAGCCGCAGGAGUCGACCGCCACGGUGCAAGCCGACGAAUCGACCGCGGAAACGCAGUACGCGGGCUCGGACGCCGAGCCGACCGUCACGCCGCCAACAGCAGCAGCGCCCGUCACGGACGCACCGGUCGCGCCGAUCACGUCAACCACGACCAAGGUAUCAAUGGAGACUGAAAUAUGCUAUAAGGGCAGGUGUGUGAAAAGCAAAAAAAACAAACAGAUCACCGACCUGGUGUCUGAGCCAUGAACCGUUGACCGCGAUAACAUAUUAUUUUUAUGAAUAUAUAUUGUACACGUAGGUAUCAACCGUAAGGUUAAGAAAACGUGAGAUGCGUAAACACGCAGAAAUAAUAUCGUAUAUUAUAAUAUAUGUUUGGGAUACGAGAAUAAUAUUGUUUGUUUCUCUGACUUUUAAGUUAAAUUAUAUAUAAUAUUCUAAUAACCAAAGAUAUAAACGGGAUUAAAAUCUGCAGUGCCAACAUCUCAAUAAAAAAAAAAAAAAAAAAAAAAAUACUUUGUACAUAAUAUAAUAUAAUAGUAUAAAUAAAUACGUUAAAAUAGAUUUUAGUCAAAUUUGAAUAAUUUAUUAGUUACGUGUUUACGCGUUAAAAAAAAAAAAAACUUAUUUAUACUGACAUACUGUAUUUUUUUUAUACAUGUAAUAUGUAAACCAGUUUUGUUCGAUUACACAUCACGUACAACACUUAUAUUAUUAUGUAUUAUUUUGUAAUUGUAUAUACAAAUAUUUUAAUUACUUUUUACAUAAUAUUUACUAAAUAUUUAUUUAGUAUAGGUUAACAACUGUUAAACUAUAUUAUUAUAAUGUAUUUGCGAAUUAAAUUAUAUGACUUAUUUUUGUUAUACAUUAUGAUGAUUUAAUUAUUAUAUAACUUGCUUAAUUGAAAGUUAUUAAUUUAAUAUUAUAUUACGUGAGCGUGUGAGAAUUAAUUUCUGAAGAAUUCAAUUAUAAAUAAUGAAAAAAAAAAAAUUUUUUUUUUUUGAAAAACUUUCGAUCGAUUAUAAACGCGCUUUAAAAAAAAUUAUACAUUAAUUUACUUUUAUUUUUUUCAUAAUUAUUAUUACUACUAUUAUUACUAUAUUCAACGUACGUACCUAUGUAGUUAUUAAUGUGUAUUAAAUUAAUGUUUUUUAUAAUAUAAAUUAAUUAUUGUAUACUUUAUUUUGUUUUUUUGUUUUUAAUUAAUACACGCCAACCGUACAUACGAAUCGCUAACUGCGGACGAAAUUUUAGAUUCGAAGCGUAGCGAGG